CCGGAAACCAAACGGCGUCGUAUUCUUCUUCUUCUUACUGAUUUCCAUCUGCAGUCAACUUUUCCUUUUGAAGUUUGACCCCGUAGGCGUAACCAAUUUUCAUUUCUCUGGACCCAUUCCCGAAUUUCCGUCGAUUUUUCUCUAGGAAAUCUAGCUCCAAGAAAAUCCUCGCCAUAGUGUUAGCCUCUCUCUAUACAUAUACACAUAUACUUGUACACGUCUAUAUUCACAAUUAUACAUUUGCAUAACAGAGAUGGAAAGGAGGACUGGUAGUCCCGUGUACGGGCGUCAGUGGAGCGGGGGAUCUAGCAGCACGGGUUCUUCGUCCCCGGCAAUGUCUCCGGCACACCCCCAUUCGCGGCUGCAGGCGGGAGCCGUCGGGGGCUUAUCCACCAUCAAGCGCACCCAGAACGUCGCCGCAAAAGCUGCGGCUCAGCGUCUCGCGCAGGUUAUGGCUUCCCAGAACAACGAAGAAGAAGACGAGGAAGACGAUCUGGAUUUCCGAUUCAGUGCUCCUCCGCCGCCUCGCACUCAUCGUACUCCUUCACCCUUCUCCACCACUGCUAACAACAGUGUCAGUAACAAUAACUUACCCGCGAUUUCGAUUUCAAGACCUAAUAGAUCUCCCUCUCCUGCGUUAGGUCGCAACUUUGUGGAGCAUGUGCCAUGUGUACGGUCCACAUCGGCUGGGAGGCCAUCCAUGUCUGUGCGAUCGACGACUCCGGCUCCGUUGAUGCCACCGAGCAGAGCGCAGCUUAGAACUCCAGUCGCUAUACCUGCGAUCGAGCAUCCUACUAGGAACAGAGAUAAAAGCCAUAUUCUCCUUUGGUGCCUGAUGGUCUAUGAGUUGUGGACCAUGGUGUACAAUCUGUUUGGCAUUAAGUGGGUGAUUGCUGGGUGGUUUGGAAAGAGCAGAAUAGUAGGACUUUUAAUGGUAUUGAGGGUUGCAUCUCUUGGAGAAGGUAUAUCACUGGAGGCCAAAUUAUUGAGUAGGAAGGAAGCAGCCUUACGUCAAAGAGAGGCUGCUCUGAAGGCAGCUAAACAAACAAAAGAUGGAAGAGGUGAGGAGACUGCCUCCCUUCGUUCUGAACUUCAGAACUUGAAAGACGAAGCAGCAACAGCUAUGGAACAGCUCCAAGAAGCAGAGUCUGAAGUAAAGUCCCUUCGUUCAAUGACACAAAGAAUGAUUUUGACCCAGGAGGAAAUGGAAGAAGUUGUCCUAAAGAGAUGUUGGCUUGCUCGCUAUUGGGGAUUAGCUGUGCGUCAUGGCAUUUGUGCGGACAUAGCUGCAUCAAGGCAUGAGCAUUGGUCAGCUUUGGCGCCUCUUCCUUUUGAAGUUGUUGUCUCUGCUGGACAAAAGGCUAAGGAGGAGUCAUGGGAUAGAGGUGGUGAUGAUCCUGAUAGGAGCAAGCUUGUUCGGGAUUUGAGUGAUCUAACUGGAGAAGGAAAUAUCGAGAGUAUGCUUUCAGUUGAAAUGGGUUUGAGAGAACUAGCAUCAUUGAAGGUUGAGGAUGCUGUCGUGCUUGGCUUGGCACAACACAGACGACCAAGUUUGGUUCGACAAACCUUCUCAGACAACAAAACAUCAAGUGAUCCCAAGUUCAUGGAGGCAUUUGAACUAAGUGAAGGAGAGGCAGAAGAUGUUCUUUUUAAAGAGGCUUGGCUAACCUAUUUUUGGAGAAGAGCCAAAGUACACGGUGUGGAAGAGGAUAUUGCAGAAGAAUGUCUUCAGUUUUGGAUCAGUCGUAGUGGGCAGUCACCAACUUCACACGAUGCUGUUGAUGUGGAGCGAGGGUUAGUGGAGCUGAGGAAACUGGGGAUAGAACAGCAACUUUGGGAAGCAUCUAGAAAAGAAAUUGACCAGCCCUCUUUUACUUUCAUUGGUAAUCACGAGCCAGCUGCAGAUUCAUAGACCAUCAUCAUGGCAUACUUGUUUAAAGUUAGUUCUUUCUUUUUCCUUUUUCAUUCUUUUUGAAAUAUCUGAUGUCAAAUUUUUUCUAUAUGUAUAUUUCGGCUUUCCAAUUUUUUUUGUAUUCACAUAUAUGUUGCUCCAUUUUGAUAGUAUCACUUUGCUUUCUUCAUGGAACUAAGCUACUUCGCAUCUGGUGUUGUAGCUGGUACCUGAUUGAGAGAGGUACUAUUGAAUUCUGAGGAUGAUGGUAGGGCUGUAAUUAUCAUAUAAGUGUGUUUUUGCAAUUUUGAAAUCAGAAAUUUAAAAAAAAAAA